GGCCUGGCUGGUAACCAGAGGAUCAGUCCAUGCUCCACUCUGACCAGCAGCACAGCCUCCCCCCCGGCCGGCUCACCCUGCUCCACCCUGCCGCCUGGCACCGAUGGUGCCAUGCCCAGGGGUAACCAGGAUAACAAGAACCACGCCUACGGAUCUGUCUCAAGCCCCACCUCCACCCUGGAGAGCCGGGACAGCGGCAUCAUCGCCACCCUGACGACCUACCCUGAGAACGCUGAGCGUGGGGGUAAAUACAGUGAGGGGAGUUUCUCGCGGGGCAGCAACCUGAAGCUGUGGCAGAGCCAGAAGUCUGGUAUGGAUUCGUUCCUGUACCGUGUGGACGAGAACAUGGCUGCCUCCACCUACAGCCUCAACAAGAUCCCAGAGAGACACCUGGACAGCAUGUCCGCUCACUCCAUCCCUCUAUGCCUCAUGCCUCGCCCUAACUCUGUCGCAGCCACCAGCUGGGCUCAGCUGGAGGACGUGGCCUACCUGGAGGAUCAGAGACACACUCCGCUGAGCAUGUCCAUGCACAUGAACCGACAGAACACACACACCGGGGCAGGACGCGCUCAGACCGACCUCAGAGUGCGGUUCGCCCCGUACCGGCCACCUGACAUCUCCUUGAAGCCCCUCCUCUUCGAGGUGCCCAGCAUCACCAUGGACUCCAUCUUCACCGGCCGUGAUUGGCUGUUCCAGGAGGUCGACGCCCAUCUCAACAGUGGCAAAAACAGCACCAUCCGCGGUGUGGUUGUCGUGGGCAACAUUGGCUACGGCAAGACAGCCAUCAUCUCUCGUCUGGUGGCGCUGAGCUGCCAUGGAACACGCAUGAGACAGAUGGCCUCUGACUCUCCGCAGGCCUCACCCAAAUAUGGAGAGCUCCCCCUUACCCAGCCCCAGCCGUCCCACAGCACAGGUACCCUGGGAGGGGGCAGCUGUCCCGGGACCCCCGAGAUGAGACCACGCCAGGAGGAGACCAUGAGGAGACUGGCAUCUCAGGUGGUGGCGUACCACUACUGCCAGGCGGACAACGCCUACACGUGCCUGGUGCCGGAGUUUGUCCACAACGUGGCAGCGUUGCUGUGUCGCUCGCCGCAGCUCAUCGCCUACAGAGAGCUGCUGCUCAGGGAGCCACAGCUACAGAGUAUUCUCAGUCUACGCUCCUGUGUUAAGGAUCCCCUGGCCUCCUUCAGAAGAGGAGUUCUAGAACCCCUGGAUGUUCUCUACAAAGAGAGGAAGAUCGCCUCUGAAGAAGACCUGGUCAUCCUGAUAGAUGGGCUAAAUGAAGCAGAGUUCCACAAGCCUGACUACGGAGACACCAUCGUCUCCUUCCUCAGCAAAACCAUCAGCUUGUUUCCCCACUGGCUCAAACUGGUGGUCACGGUCAGGACCACAUUACAGGAGAUCACCAAGCUGCUCCCAUUCCACCAUAUCUCUGUGGAUGGUCUGGAGGAGAAUGAUGCAAUAGACCAGGACUUACAGGGUUACAUCCUGCACCGCAUCCACAGCAGUCCUGAGAUACAGAACAACAUCUCUCUAAACGGCAAGAUGGACAACACCACCUUCGGCAAGCUCUCAGCCCACCUCAAGGCCCUCAGCCAGGGCUCCUAUCUGUACCUCAAACUCACCUUUGACCUUAUAGAGAAGGGGUACCUGGUCCUCAAGAGCUCCAGCUACAAGGUGGUGCCUGUCAAUCUGGUUGAGGUGUACCUGUUGCAGUGCAACAUGCGUUUCCCUACACAGUCUUCCUUCGAACGGGCCCUCCCCCUACUCAACGUGGCUGUGGCAUCCCUCCACCCCCUCACUGACGAACAGAUCUACCAGGCUAUCAAUGCUGGCUCCCUGCAGGGCACGCUGGACUGGGAGGACUUCACACAGCGCGUAGACAACCUGGCCAUGUUCCUGGUCAAGAGAAGGGACGGGACCAGGAUGUUUGUUCACCCAUCAUUCAGAGAGUGGCUGAUCUGGAGGGAGGAGGGGGAGAAGACCAAGUUCCUCUGUGACCCCAGGAGUGGCCACACCCUGCUAGCCUUCUGGUUUUCUCGCCAGGAGACCAAGCUGAACCGACAGCAGACCAUUGAACUGGGACACCACAUCCUCAAAGCACACAUUUUCAAGGGCCUAAGCAAGAAGGUUGGGGUUUCCUCGUCUAUCCUCCAGGGGAUGUGGGUUUCCUACAGCACAGAUGGCCUGUCCACUGCCCUGUCCUCACUCAGAAACCUCUACACUCCUAACAUCAAGGUGAGCCGGUUGCUGAUGCUCGGCGGUGCCAACGUGAACUACCGGACGGAGGUGUUGAACAAUGCCCCAGUGCUGUGUGUGCAUGCCUUCCUGGGUUACAUAGACAUGGUGGGGCUCCUGUUGGAGUAUGGGGCCUCUGUAGACCAGCCUUCAGAGAGCGGUCUCACCCCACUGGGCUAUGCUGCCUCCGGGGGACACAUGGCUAUAGUCACUACACUGUGUCUAAGGAGAGCCAAGGUGGACCACCUAGAUAAUAAUGGUCAGUGUGCCGUGGUGCAUGCAGCUCUCAGGGGCCAGAUGGAUGUGGUCAAGUUCCUCAUCCAGUGGGACUGGGCCAUGGGACAACCACAACAACAAGGAUCCUUCUGCAAGAGCCACAGCCUGAUGUCAGCAAGCACUCAUCAUGGAGGGAAUGAGGACCUGGCAGACCCCCGCUCGCCCAGUCUAGAGAACCAUCCCCACCUGAGCCACACUGGUCAAGGUGGCAGUAUAGACAGUGACUGUGCCUUUGAGGGUGACUACGCCCUGCCACCUCUGUCUAUGACUGACGGCAUGCAGCACAUCCACAUCAUGGAGGGCGUGUCACGCUCCCUGCCCUCCUCCCCGCUGCUCACACACCAAACCAUCAGCGUCCGGCUGCAGCCCGCCAAGAAGCUCACAGCCCCUCUGCGGAAAGCAAAGUUUGGGGAGAGCCCUCGCAUUCCACAAUCAGAGCUCGGCUCCCCUACACACACCUCCUGUACUGCCAGGAACCACAACCUGGAUACAUACGUCCCCGACUCUUUAGUUCUUCCUGACCCCUCCUCCCCGUCUAGACUCUCUAGUUCUUCCUGA